UUUUCAUCAUCAUUACCCAAAACUUAUCAUAUCCAUUUCUCAAUGGAAUAAAUGAAGAAAAAUUAGCCAUCCCUUUUUUCCCAACCCAACUUUAUCCAGAAUAAAAAGACAAGGGGAAGAUAUUUCCCUUUAUAAAAAACCAAAAAACCCAAAAGGCAAGAUGCCAGAUGCUUAUCCCCUACCUGAAACCGACACGUGCCACCCACCCACGGAUUCCUCCGCCACAGCCCCGGGUUUCCCUCGGGAGCUCCGCCCCUUAAAACCUACCCCUGCCGGUUGUUUGCGGUGAAACCACCGUCUCCCCCGUCUCCACCCUCUCGCUCUAUAAAUUCCUUGCUUUCUCAUCCGAACUCCGAACUCCGAAAGCACUCGAAACGUUUCGACUCGUUCCAAUUCUCUCUUUGCUUCGUCUCUCUGUUUGAAUUUGUGGUAAAUUUCUCUCUUCGCUUCAUUUCUCAGUUUGAACUUGUGAGAAAUCAAGAUUCGCCGUAGAUACAGUGGCAUGAGCUUGAGGCACGUGUUGCACCAGGGGAUGAAAGACCAGGCUUCGAAGCAGGCACGUGACCACGCCGCCGCCAAAUCUCUGAGGGACUCGACGGCGUCGUCCUCCUCCUCGAAGCCGCCGGCGAGGCGAGUAGCGGGGACUGGUCGUGAUUCGUCGAAGGCGGCCAAGAACGCCGACGAGAGGAUGAAGCAGGCGGAGGAGUCUCUCCGGACAGUCAUGUACUUGAGCUGUUGGGGUCCCAAUUGAUUACUUUGAAAUUGAAGCGAUCGUUUCUGCGAGGAAGGAAGAUUGGUUAAUUUUGAGCUGUUGGGUUCCCAGUUGAUUCGGAAUUUAAGCAAUCAUCUCAGCAAGGGAGGGACAUUAGAUUUAAUUAAGUAUAUUUCGUGUUCUGCCAAGAAUUUUGUAAAUUAAUGCUGUCCUGUAGAUAAUAUUUUUCAUUAAUAUAUGUAUGACACAAGGAGAAUCUGUAAUGGAGAUCAAAGAACUUAUUCUGCAAUCUACAAUUUUGUUGUGUCAA